UCUGGGUCUCUGAGGCUCUCAGGUUCACCAUGUUGCUUAAUUAGGACAUCCCGGAAGAGUGCGACCGGAGCUGCUGCUGUUGCUGCUGCGCACAGCCGAGAGAGGAGGACACACUGGACUGCAUGGUGACAGCGCACAGCUCCCAACAAACCAGAGGGAAAUACUGACAAACCCAACUAAACACCACGACAGAAACUUACUGAGGAGCAAAGGAGUGAGUUUCCAGGAUCGUCCCCAUGGAGGAAUUAAUGCAGCGGUUGGAGCGUGCUGUGACUUCCCUGGAGGAAAUGUCCGUCACAAUGCGGGCAUCCAGCAGCAUGGCUAAUGGGAACUGUGUCAAUGGGAUAGAUGGAGGUCAGAGUGUGGAGGUCUUCGACGUUCUGCUCAAAGGUCCACUGUCAGAUUAUCUGAACUACAGCAGAGCUAUAGGAAGUGAAGUGGAGAAACAUGCAGAGAUGGUGAAUGAGGCGCUGCAGACUCAGAGAGCUUUCCUUCAGAUGGCUUUUACGCACCAGGAACCUGCACAGACGGAGCUCCAAGACCUCCUGAAACCAAUUUCUGAUCACAUCCAGAUGAUCCAGAGCUUCAGAGAAAGAAACCGAGGGAGCCCGCUUUUCAACCACCUGUCAGCCGUCAGCGAGAGCAUUCCUGCCCUGGGUUGGGUGGCUGUGAGUCAGAAACCUGAUCUGUACGUGAAGGAGAUGAACGAUGCAGCCACCUUCUACACCAACAGAGUGCUGAAGGACUACAAGGAAACCGACAGAUGUCAUGUGAACUGGGUGCACUCCUACCUGUCAAUCUGGACUGAGAUGCAGUCCUUCAUUAAGCAGCACCACACGACAGGACUGGUGUGGAGCAAGACUGGUCCCAUUGCUCCUGCAUCUCUCUUAGACUCAUCUCUCGUGCCCAGUGCUCCCUGUCUUCCGCCUCCCCCUCCUCCACCAGGACCGCCUCCGGUCUUCACUGAGGAUGACUCCAAGCCUCAAACAGGCAACGCAACACCUCAGCACUCAGCUUUGUUUGCCCAACUCAACCAGGGCAUGGGUAUUACUAAAGGUCUAAAGCAUGUCUCAGAUGAGCAGAAGACCCAUAAGAACCCCAACGUCCGUUCUCAAGCAACCCCUGUAAAAAACAAGGAUCCCCAGCCUGUGAGCUCCCCCAAAGCAGCUGCUCAAAAAGGACCCCCUCUGCUGGAGCUAGAGGGAAAAAAGUGGAGGGUGGAAAACUUUGAGCAGAAACAGGACUUGGUGAUCGAGGAGACAGAGUUGAAACAGGUGGUGUACGUAUUUGGCUGCAACAACUCCACCCUGAAGGUCAAGGGCAAAAUUAACUCCAUCAUCGUAGAUAAUUGUAAAAAGCUUGGUCUGGUUUUUGAGAAUGCUGUAGGUAUCGUAGAGAUCAUCAACUCCAGAGGCAUUCAGCUACAGGUUUUGGGAACGGUUCCUACUAUUUCUAUCAACAAGACCGAGGGCUGCCAAGUCUACCUGAGCAAAGCUGCUCUGAGCUGCGACAUCGUCAGCGCCAAAAGCUCUGAGAUGAACAUCCUGAUCCCAGUGGGAGAAGAUGACUAUAGGGAGUUUCCCAUCCCAGAGCAGUUCAAGACCGUUUGGGAUGGCUCCAAGCUGGUGACAGAACCCUCUGAGAUAGCAGGCUGAUAUGCAUGUCGGAAAUCCGUUGCAAAAUAAUUCACAACCCUUGAACUUUUUCAACUUUUGUAAAAUUACAACCACAACCCUAAUUGUAUUUUUUGGGGGGGGUUUAUAAUAGACCAACAAAAACUAGUGCAUAAUUGUGAAAUGGAUAAUAUACUGUAUGCUCUUCAAAAUGUCCACUAGUAAAACUAUGUUUGGUGCCUGUGUAUUUAGCUCCUUUUACUCUGAUUCCCCUAAAUAAAAUCUAGCAUAACCAAUUGCCUUAAGAAGUCACCUAACUUGUAAAUAAAGUCCACCUGUGAGUAAUUUAAACUCAGUAUAAAUCCAGCUGGUCCAACAGUUCAAGUAGCAUCAUGAUGUCAAAGGUACACAGCAGAAAGGUCGCUGAUAAGGUUUUGCAGUAGUUUUAGAGCAGGGCUGAAACAUGGUUGUGGCAGCUAUUGAAAUAAUCCUCAACUAAUUUAGUGAUCAAAUAAUAAUUCACUGGAGUAUACAGACUCUAAAACAUGCCAUUUGCUUAAAGUAUAACCCACUGAGAGCAGUAAAUAGACAAAAAAAUAUAUACAUUUUGCAUUUAAGAUGAAAAACCUUUGUCUGUAAAUAUGCUCUAUCCAGAACUCCUCAAGUGGCAUAGCUUUAGCUUCACCUGGUUCAGAUUCUGUAAAAAAAAUCUCCUAUUAAGCACCUUUUGCUAUGCAAUUACUGAUCGCUUAAUUGAAAAAAUAGUCAACAGGUUAAUUGAUAAGCAAAAUAAUCUUGGGUUGCAGCCGUAGUGGCAGCAUCAUGCUGUAGGGAUGCUUUUCUUCAGCAGGGACAGACAACCUGGAGGUUUGCUUUCCUGCAGGAUAGCUAAACUAAAAAUCCAUCCAUACAGCUUUAAUGGUUUAGAUCAGAGCAUGUUUAGAUGUUAAAAUGACCUAGUCAAAGUCCAGACCUAAAUCUAAUUGAGAAUUUGUGGCAAGAUUUGAUUUAGUUCAUAUAUAAUCUAGGUGUGCAAAGCUGGUAGAUACACCCCAAAAGACAAACAGAUUAAACUGAGGGAAGACACAGAUUUAAGGUGAAACAUGCACGAUGUCAUAAUUUCCAUUUCACAAUUAUGCAUAACUAUAUGUGUUGGUCUCUCACAAAAUUCCAGCAAAAUACAUAGAUUUACGGUUCCCACAAAAUGUGAAAGAGGUAUGAAUACUUUUGCAGUGCAUUGCAAACCAAAGGAUGUAAGAGACAAAGACUGUAAGGUUAACUCCUUAACUGUAUUUGUAACUUCAUGAUUAAGCUUUUGGGACUUUUAAUCUGUUAACACAACCCCCACAGCAUGGGUGCUCAGGUUACAGUAAAAUAAACCUAGAACCCAUCAGGGCCUGUGCCAUAGCAGUAAAGGCAUAUGUGUGACAGCAUGUAGCUACUGAAAAUAAGGAUUUCGGAUCCUUUCACCAUCAAAUCUUUUUAUUUAAAACUAAAAUUUCAUACUAACGUGGAAAAAGACAAUUUCUGGACUGUUUAUUCCCAUUUUAACAUCUAUUUUGCACAAGAGUCAGCUAGUACUGGUUUUAAGGGAGGAUUUUUGCAUCUAUAGCUGUAGUGAUCGGUAAAAAGAUGAAGCCCAGAUGUGCUACUUUACACUCCAAAUCAACAUGUUUAGAAAUAAAAAUAAAUACAUAAACUUUGUCUGUAGCAAACACUCUUUAUGUCUUUGUACAUCACUUUAAUUUGUAAUAAAAUAUAGCACAGAGCACCAGAAUAGGACAGAGAGAAAUAUACAUGAAACAAAUGCUUAAUUUACGAUAGGUUUAUGUAAUGCUUAUCACUUUUCAAAUAAAGAUAAAAUCUCUCA